ACAUCAGUAGGUCUCCGAGCAGGCAUACGCUCUCACCACCAGUGAGUGGCUAUUCUGAUUGAUGGGAGUUUGGCCCCGCUGUUUUGGCUUUCUAUCGGUGACCCCGGAGAAUGGACAGGAAAAGUUUCACCCCAGAGGAUUGCUGUUGGUGACCGGAGAUGUUGUGGGACUGGGGAGCUGAUAUACCCAGUGGUCUGUGUCAUCUCCGCCCCCUGGCCAAGGGGUCAUCCUGAUCUCUGAACCCCCACUCCUCACCCUCCUCCCACCAGCCUGACCCAGCGACCACCCCACCUUGCACCCAACCAAGCGGACCGAAGACCCCUAAACAGAGCCAGGCUCAAUCACCACCUCAAGUCCUCUGAGAUCACGCAGGUCUUAAGUGAAGAUUCUUUUGGAAGUUGUAAAAAGAGAGAAAUCAAGAAGCACUUUUUUUUAAAGACCGAUCACGAAAAGAGCAGACAGAAAAUUGGAGGGAUGUUAGCAAGUCUACAGUAUGACUGACAGAAAGAAAGUGUUCUGAUGCAGACUAUAGAGGAUCUUCGUGACUCAAAUGUGGAACAACCCAACAACUUCAGCGAUGGAAGGCCCCUUUGUUUAAGAUCUCCAGGUGUGACAGCAUCUGACAUUUGACCUUUGAGAAACCCAACUGACGUCUAGCGGGACAAUGGAGCCACGUGAAUCUGCUGCUGGACCAAAAUGCACCAAGGAUCCCCGGGAGAAGCUACAAAGGAAGUGGGUCUCUGAGCCCUCAGCUGGCACAAAAAGAAGCACUUUUGCUGACCCGGAGGAAAAGAGGCACUCGCAUCGCGAAAUCCUUCAAAGUGGUGCCAGUGGCAGCAAUAUUACUGGCUCAGCACGAAAGUAUGGCUCUGGGAAGCUGCUAUCAACUGCAAUGGGUCAGUCAUCUCAAGAUAGUCAGUACGCACAGGCUUUCCCUCGUACUUACGCCUACCAGUUACCACAACCGUACCCACAACAACCCAUGCAAGAGCGCUUCCUGUCCGGAGCCAAGCCACAGCCCGGUCUGGAGGCCCAUGCCUGGCCCUUCGCUGGACAGCUCCCAUCCGACGACAUAUUCCCUGGACACUCCCGUGCCCAUGGAGUUUUCCCUCGUCAGAAAUCUCCCAGUUUACCCAGUUCUUUUGGCCAGUAUUCCCAGUCAGGGCCGGAGCCACCAGAGGAGGCAUACAAGAAGGAGCAGAAACCCAAGAAGCCAGGGAAGUACAUCUGCCACUACUGUGGAAGGGCUUGUGCUAAACCCAGCGUGCUGAAGAAGCACAUUCGUUCACACACUGGGGAACGCCCCUACCCUUGUGUCCCCUGUGGGUUCUCAUUUAAAACCAAGAGUAAUUUGUAUAAACACAGGAAAUCUCAUGCCCAUGCCAUCAAAGCAGGACUAGUCCCAUUCUCCGAACUGGCAGUUUCACGCACAGACAUGGAUCAGGCAUCCUCAGUGGGAGAGACGGAAGUACACUCAGACGGUGAACAGAGCACAGACACCGACGAGGAAACUGCAGAGGCCUCCAUGUUUAUGGACAAAGGCAGCCCUAUUCCCCAGAUAUCAUUUGAGAUGGACAAAAGCACAAUGGAGAAGGGUAGGGAGCCGGCAUAUGCUGACUCAGCUGAGGAGCUAGCUAUGGCUUCCAUGAAAGUGCCUAUCCUAAUUGUCCCAAAACAAGGGGUCCCACCAACAGCAUUGGAGUGCCCCCCAUUCACGGACCUCAAGGCUUCUCACAUCAGCUCCCAGGUUGGCCGCGUGGAUGACUCUCCCACUAUCAAACAGAGACUGGCUCUGAGACUGACAGAGAAGAAGGGAUCACAGGACUCAGACCAGCAGUCCCAGCAGUCCCUGAACCUUCUGAGUCCACACAGCAAAGGCAGCACAGACUCAGGCUACUUCUCCCGGUCAGAGAGUGCAGAGCAACAAAUCAGCCCUCCCAACACAAACGCAAAGUCCUAUGAGGAGAUCAUGUUUGGUCGGACUUGGUAUUACAAACCUAACUCUGCUAGAUCUAGACAAUCCAUUGCAGUAGGCAUGGCCACUGUUGGCCAAGACACUAACAUAGUAAUGGGGAAGAUAUCUGAGGAUCAUAUUUUUUUCCGAAAUGAUAGCGGUGAAGUGCAACUAUUAGCAGGUGUUGACCCUAAGCAGUAUCCCACAGGCCCUUGCCAAAGCAACACAGGUCUACUAGAGACUCCUUCUGAUUCAGGGACACUCAUUAGGAGUAACUCAAUGCCAACAUCAUCCCCGACCAACCUCAACGUCCCACCGGGGAUAAGAGUGAGCCACUCCUUUGACGAGAUGAUGACCACUGAUGAUGUCUUCUACCCGGGUGCUGCCGGUCUGAGGAGGCUUAGGAGACAGGCAGCUUUUGAGCAUUCAGCACAUGAAGGGCAUGGCGACUAUGAAACCUAUGGACACGUUCCCAAGAACGCAGCCCCAUCCGUGGCAUUAAAGCUAGGGGAGCGCAGUCCUGUGGUGCCAGAGCAUACAGCAUACAGCCCAUAUGGUACUAAAGUGGGAAUGACAGAGAUUGCCACUCGUAAACGCAGGAAGGAAAAGAGUGUAGGAGAUGAGGAGGAUGGCCCUGUCCAGUACGACAGUAGUUGUAGUGGCUCAGUAGAUAUGAUCAGAGAUUAUGAUUCAAAACACGGUAGUCAAGAGGGUUCAAGGGGGACACCUACUGGAAAGGGAUCCAUGGGAUCUAUGUACAGUGCACAUAGCCAAUCAGACAGUUUUGAAACAUGCUGUAGUAGCAUGUGCUCAGAGGACGUAGUGCUAGUCCCAGACUCUGACAGAAAGGCAGCUGGCAAUGUUAUAUCUGUCAUUCAGCACACCAACUCACUCAGUAGGCCAAACUCCUUUGAGAAGUCAGAGUCCUUCGAGCACCCAGCCUACCUGCAAGAUAAACCCUCCAGCCAAUAUUCAGAGCAGUCAGAUACAGAGAACAUAGAGGAUGUGCAGAGCCCAGAGUUUAUCCUGAGGUCUGAGAGCAUGGAGCUGCAGCAGCAAAGCAACAGUGAUUUAGUUUCAUCCAACCAGCCCUGUCACAUGCCCCCCAAACUGGUACGUCAGCCUAACAUCCAAGUGCCUGAAAUCAGGGUGACAGAGGAGCCAGACAAACCAGAGAAAGAGCCUGAUGUACUGACCAAGGAGCCGGAGAAGCACGUUGAAGAGUUCCAGUGGCCCCAGAGGAGUGAGACACUGUCCCAGCUCCCUGCGGAGAAGCUGCCUCCUAAGAAGAAGCGUCUGCGUCUGGCAGACCUGGAGCACUCCUCUGGGGAGUCCAGCUUUGAGUCUUGCACCAGCCUGUCCAGGAGCCCCAGCCAGGAGAGCAACCUGUCCCACAGCUCCAGCUUCUCUAUGUCCUUUGACAGGGAAGAGAGCCUAAAGUCUGUGUCACCGUCCAAGCAGGAGGACUUUGGCAAGCAGUCUGAGUACAGCGGAAACUCUCUCACUAUCCCCGGCCAUCACCAGCAGAGGGAGAUGCGACGCUCCUCAUCAGAACAGGCUCCCAGCGCUCUGCCCACCGAGAUCCCAGAGAUCCGUAGCAAGUCCUUCGACUAUGGUAGCCUCUCAACAUCAUCCAGACAGGGAGAGGUUUACUCCAGUGCAUCAGCCAUGAAAGAUCGGAGACGGGGCUACCUAGUAAGGCAGGCAUCCCUCAGCGUUUACCCUGAGACUGCGGUGCAUGAGCAUGGUGGUCUCGAAAUUACUGUCAAGCAAGAGCACUCGGACCAUGGACCCUCAUCUUGGCAGAGCCCCCCAUCCUCUCAAAGUUCUCUCGGUGCAUCAGCCAGCGAAGUAGCAAGACCCAAGAGAGGGUCACAUCAUCAUCUUCUGCAACAGAGCAUUAGUGAGGACAGCCAGGACGACUCACCACUGUUCCAGAAGUCAUCUCGUCUGCCAAGUCAACAGUCAUCUGAAGGAGAGCAUCCAGGUCACGAGCUCAUGAGCAAGGAAACAAUGCAAUACUCCUCACUCCAGAACAGCUUGGCUUCACUGCCUUUCCUGCCAUGUCAGCCGGGUCUGUUCUGGCAUCCUGAGUCCACACAGAGACACAAGCAGCAUCUGGCUUUCCAGCCACACCAGUUACAGAAACUACAUAUCAGACAGCCUAGUCUACCACACAUGAUCCAGAAAUCCAACCCACCUCUUAAUCAGCUACAGCAGAUUCAGGAGCAAUGCGAUGCAAAAGCUGACGGUGCUAUCAGUCAGAGCUAUCAGUAUCCCUCCAGAGCCUCCCCCCAGGCCCAGCAUUACGGAUCUCUACCGUCUAAAGUGGCUCUCACCGAGAGCACGGUGCUCCUGCAACAGGUCCAGCCAAUCUUCGCCACUCAGAAUGCAGGUUCACAGUCAUCUCUCCCAGGUAUGCUAGUCCCCGUUAGGAUACAGACUCAAGUGCCAUCUUACGGAAGUGUUAUGUACACAAGUGUUUCACAACUCUUAGCUAACCAUGGCCAGAGCACUUAUUCAGCAAGAGUCAUAUGCUCAGAGGGUGUAUCAUCUAGUUCACCCACAGGUUGCACUGUUUCAAAGCAAGGCGUUGGCUUCAAUUUAUCUCAGAUCCUUGGUCAGUCUGAGGGAGCUCUACGUUAUCCACUGUGGAAUAUUACGGAUCUGAACACUGAACACGGGAGACUGAACACGGGAAUUCCGCUGUCGUUGACAUCAGGAACCAUCUCCACCACGGAUGCGUCCUCCAGUAUUGGGGGAAGCAAGCGGAUGCUAUCACCCGCCAGUAGUCUGGAACUCUUUAUAGAGACCAAACAGCAGAAACGGGUCAAGGAGGAGAAGAUGUACGGUCAGAUUGUAAAGGAGCUGAGCGCUGUCGAGCUGAGUGCUUCGAAAGACAGCGGUAAGUUAUCAAAGUGUGCCCCUCUGAAGAGCGAGGGUUCAAUGGACGAUCAGGAGAGGAUGUCCUCCUCCCCAUCAGCAGACUUCCCCUCCACCAAAAUCCCAGUGCGUUCCAACGCACCUCACAUACCUGAUGUGCCACCAGCUGACAGCUUCACUCCCCCUCUGCAAAUCGUGACGGACUUUCCUGGUGGCAGAGAGUCUCCAGAGGAGCUGGACGUAGAUGACUCCACCCCAGAGGCUAGCUGCAGCCCACAGUUCAUGGUCUCCUCCAGUGACACUCCAGAGGAAGCCAAGCCACUCAUGGGCAGCAAGAUACCUGUCAACAUGCUGGUGCAGCUGGCUGCCAAUCAGAGUGGGGGUGCUGCCGGAAGCACUCUAAUGCUCACAGAUCUGGCCGACGUUCAGCAGUUCUUUCAGUUCCCCAGUCUUCGCACUACAACCAGUGUCAGCUGGUGCUUCCUGAAUUACACCAAACCAAACGACGCUCAGACGACUCCCCUGACUUCUGUCUAUGGCUCCUGGUGUGUCAGCUCCUACAACCCCAACCCUCUCAGCCUCAGCACCAAGGCUACUCUGGCCUUGCUCUGCUCCAAGCAGAGGAAGAACACAGAAACCUACACGAUGGCUGCUAUGUAUCAACCCAGGACUGGAAAACUUGUGUCCUCUCUUGCUUGGAAGCAGAAGUUUGAACAGAUGAAGCCAGAGCUCAUGCAGCUAGAUGUGAGCAAAUAUGGGAAGAAAAUCAAGGGGCUGAGCUCCAGGGAUCGAGUCAAGGAGGACCACGGAGAGAAGGAGGCCUCCUCAAAGCAGGCUGAGCCCACUCGCAUCAAAAUCUUUGAAGGAGGGUACAAAUCCAAUGAAGACUAUGUUUACGUGCGGGGCAGAGGAAGAGGGAAGUACAUCUGUGAAGAGUGUGGGAUCCGCUGUAAGAAGCCAAGCAUGCUGAAGAAACAUAUCCGCACACACACCGAUGUCCGGCCGUAUGUCUGCAAGUUCUGCAACUUUGCUUUUAAAACCAAAGGAAACCUGACAAAACACAUGAAGUCGAAAGCCCACAUGAAGAAGUGCUUGGAGCUCGGGGUGUCAGUGACAUCUGUGGAGGAUCCUGAUGCCGAGGAAGCUGACAAUGGCGAGGAUGGCCAGAGGGAGUCUGGGAAGAUGUCAGGCAUUAUGGCGGACCACCAGUUCUCAGACGCUGACGAUUCUGAUGGUGGCGAGGAUGACGGGGAUGAGGUGGAUGAUGAUGAAGACGAUGACGACGAUUACGAUGGCGACUCCACGCCGAAAACACGCUCCAGAAGCACUAGCCCUCAGCCCUAUGGCAUACCGUCUCUUUCCAUCACAGCUGUGGCGGCCUCUCAGAGUGCCUGCUCCUCAGACCUGCUGGGCCACGGCCCCAAACCUCCCAUCUUCAGCUACUUCACCAGCCUGCCCAGCAUCCAGAUCACCCAGCUCAUGGUGCCCAGCGAGCGUGCAGGCCAGGGCCAGAUGGCAGAGUAUCAGCGUCUGCUGCAGGGCGCCCUGGGCGAGGACUAUAAGAACAGGCUAGACAUACCCAGCUCCAUGGACAAGGACUUUGGCCUGUCCACAGAUCACAGCUCCUCGUCCUUUGACCUGUCCCCGUCUCGCCUCUCCUCUCCAGGCCUGGGGUCCUCCCCUCUCCGAGAGCCCUCCCCCACCACUUCCUCACGCAAGUACCUCUCCCCCCGACGGGACCUGUCCCCCCGUGGCCGCCUGUCACCCCACGGAGAGGUGUCCCCUCUCAGGCACAUCUCCCCCAAGAGAGACAUCUCCUUCAGGAGGGACCUCUCGCCUCGGAGGGACCUGUCCGCCAGAGGUCACCUCUCGCCCCUGUCCCAUGCCGGACGCCCCACGUCACCGGCCAGGGACCGGGGCAGGAGGGAGCUGUCUCCGCGCAGUCACCACCGAGGCAUGAUCAGACCUGUCUCCCCCAGGAGGGGAAUGCACCAUCACAGUGCCCCUUGGAGUCUAAGUCAGCACCUAGACUCAGAGAUGGUGUCACUGGGCCAGCGCAGUAGGAGCCACUCAGAGAUGGAGACAGAGCAGAAUAAGGGUUCCCCUCCCCACAGCAGCCAGGAGUCCCCUCUGUCCCACCAGGGCCUGUUCAGCCACCUCCCCCUGCACUCCCAGCAACAGGUCCGCACCUCCUUCCCCAUGAUCCCCAUCGGUGGCAUCCAGAUGGUGCACUCCGUGCCCACCUCAGUCACCGGCCUGACCCACCCCGCCCGCCUCCCCCUGCAGAAGAGCACGUCCGAGGAGUCCAGCACCAGCGAGGUCUCCUUCCACCUGGCCGAGGGAGGAGGAGGGUCCAGGGGUUCCACCGGGUCGUCUGACUCACCCCAGCGCCAGGAGAGGAUGGUGUCAUCAUCCUUUUCCUCUCGGGGGACGCCGGUCCCCUCCCCUGGCCCGUCCUUACCCUGGUCAGGAAGUCGCCAGGACAGCGCAGACAUGUCAGACAGCAAGGACAUUAAGCAGCAGGAGGAAAGCAUACAGACUUGUACCAAUGCUAUCGCCUCGCUCCGCAUCGCUACAGAACAUGACACUCUGGAGAAGGGCAUGUUGGUGUGCUCUUCAGACGCCCAUCAGAGACACCCCCCCCCACUGCAUCACUCCUCUCACCCCCCUUACCCCAGCCCCCAGGAGAGAGCCUCCAGCAGGAUUCAGCACUUUAGUGGCCUAGAGGUUAGGCAGUCCCCGGACGGCCACUCUGCCUCCCCUCUCCCCCUACACUCCAGGUCCAGCUUGGAGACCUCCCUGCCAGCCACAUCAAAGGGCCCGGCGGGUUCCACGGCAGGCCCAGGCCACUGUGCCAAGGAGAGGUCGCCAGGUCAACAAAGCCCAGGGGAAAGACCAGAAAGCACAAAGAGAGGCAAAAAUAUAUUAAAGGAUACCCCCGAGAACAGGUGAACAUUGUUAAAAAGGGAAGGACGUGCAACGCAAAGACAUCAACCCGUACAAUUGCACACACACACGACGCGCACACAGAGAGACAGACAUUUAAACACACACACGACGCGCACACAGAGAGACAGACAUUUAA